CCUGCAGGUGGCAAGCGGCACAGACAGCGGCUGCCUGCACACGGUGGUUCUCUGUUCCUUUUUUCUCCUCAACCACUGAGGUUAAAAAAAAAAGUUAAAAGCCACGCUUUAUUUUUAUUUUAUUUUAUUUUUUUUUGAGACGGAGUCUCGCUCUGUCGCCCAGGCUGGAGUGCAGUGGCGCGGUCUCUGCUCACUGCAAGCUCCGCAUCCCGGGUUCACGCCAUUCUCCUGCCUCAGCCUCCGGAGUAGCUGGGACUACAGGCGCCCGCCACCUCGCCCGGCUAAUUUUUUGCAUUUUUAGUAGAGACGGGGUUUCACCGUGUUAACCAGGAUGGUCUCGAUCUCCUGACCUCGUGAUCCGCCCGCCUCUGCCUCCCACGGUGCUGGGGUUACAGGCGUGAGCCACCGCGCCCGGCCCACCCAUUUUUCUUAAACGUGUUGUGGCUUGGAUUUCAGCCAGGCCUCUGGUGAUGAGAGGAGGAAACCCAGGACGCGCAGCCCCGGCUCAGGCGGGUGGAACAGCCGGGCCCAGGUGCCAUGAGCCUCCGCGCCGGAGGCGGCAGCAGCGGGCGCCGGGCUGGAUCCAGCGCAGGCGGGAGGCCGGGCAGAUGCGAGGCGGCGCGGCGGCGGUCAGGUGGGAUGCUAUGGAAUAUGAUGAGAAGCUGGCCCGGUUCCGGCGGGCCCACCUCAACCCCUUCAACAAGCAGUCUGGGCCGAGGCAGCAUGAGCAGGGCCCUGGGGAGGAGGCCCCGGACGUCACUCCUGAAGAGGCCCUGCCUGAGCUGCCCCCUGGGGAGCCGGAGUUCCGCUGCCCUGAACGCGUGAUGGAUCUCGGCCUGUCUGAGGAUCACUUCUCCCGCCCUGUGGGUCUGUUCCUGGCCUCUGACGUCCAGCAGCUGCGGCAGGCGAUCGAGGAGUGCAAGCAGGUGAUUCUGGAGCUGCCGGAGCAGUCGGAGAAGCAGAAGGAUGCCGUGGUGCGACUCAUCCACCUCCGGCUGAAGCUCCAGGAGCUGAAGGACCCCAAUGAGGAUGAGCCAAACAUCCGAGUGCUCCUUGAGCACCGCUUCUACAAGGAGAAGAGCAAGAGCGUCAAGCAGACCUGUGACAAGUGUAACACCAUCAUCUGGGGGCUCAUUCAGACCUGGUACACCUGCACAGGGUGUUAUUACCGCUGUCACAGCAAGUGCUUGAACCUCAUCUCCAAGCCCUGUGUGAGCUCCAAAGUCAGCCACCAAGCUGAAUACGAACUGAACAUCUGCCCUGAGACAGGGCUGGACAGCCAGGAUUACCGCUGUGCCGAGUGCCGGGCGCCCAUCUCUCUGCGGGGUGUGCCCAGUGAGGCCAGGCAGUGCGACUACACCGGCCAGUACUACUGCAGCCAUUGCCACUGGAACGACCUGGCUGUCAUCCCUGCACGCGUUGUACACAACUGGGACUUUGAGCCUCGAAAGGUUUCUCGCUGCAGCAUGCGCUACCUGGCGCUGAUGGUGUCUCGGCCCGUGCUCAGGCUCCGGGAGAUCAACCCUCUGCUGUUCAACUACGUGGAGGAGCUGGUGGAGAUUCGCAAGCUGCGCCAGGACAUUCUGCUCAUGAAGCCGUACUUCAUCACUUGCAGGGAGGCCAUGGAGGCUCGUCUGUUGCUGCAGGACCUCCUGGAUGUGCAUGCUGGCCGCCUGGGCUGCUCACUCACCGAGAUCCACACGCUGUUCGCCAAGCACAUCAAGCUGGACUGCGAGCGGUGCCAGGCCAAGGGCUUCGUGUGUGAGCUCUGCAGAGAGGGCGAUGUGCUGUUCCCGUUCGACAGCCACACGUCUGUGUGCGCCGACUGUUCCGCCGUCUUCCACAGGGACUGCUACUACGACAACUCCACCACAUGUCCCAAGUGUGCCCGGCUCAGCCUGAGGAAGCAGUCGCUCUUCCAGGAGCCAGGUCCCGACGUGGAGGCCUAGCGCUGAGGAACGGUGCUGGGCACCCCGCCUGGCCCUCCAGGACCCGCCCUGCCAACGUCAAGUUGUUCGUUCUGCUCUGGAGACCCCUGGGGUGCGGCCCCUGGACCCCUCCACCCCUGCUGGGCCAGAGCGGGUGGGCAGUGUCAAGACCCGCUGUCUCCCAGGCGCUUGCUGGGACUUGGGGUGGCCGCACCUGGCUGUCACCUGGGUGUGCUGCUGUGAGGGGUCCUUGUGUGGCCCCCAUCCUUCCCCCAAUGCAGAACUCCAUGGGCAGGGAGUUGGGGGGACGUCUCACCUCCCCCAUGGCACAGAGCCCUCCACACCCCUGGACCAGGGCAUCCGGGCCUAGAGAUUCCACAGCUCCCGUCCUGGCCACCCUGGAAACUCAUCAGGCCAAGACCCCGAGAGAGCUUCAGAGGAGUGUUGAUUGAUAACACCUACGGAUGCGGCUGCACAUACCCAGCCAAGGGCCGAGUCACCUGCCGUGGGGUUUCGGCUCUGUCUGGAGGCUCCAUCCCUUUCAGCCACUCGUCGCCUUGGGGAUUUCUGGUUGUCCCCAGCUGGGGCUGUUCACAGUUGUCACCUGUAGACCUGCCUCUCCCUGGUCUGAGGUUCAAAGGCCUCAUAGGGUGGUCAGUCCAGUGGGGUUACCUGUUUCCGUACAACAGCAGGGAAGGGGGCCAUGGAGCUUUUCCCUGCUGGGUGCUCCUGCCUUGGCCCAGCCCACCUUUCCUGGUGCUCCAAGCUAGGAGGCCGUGGCCCCAGCCUGAGGAGGGUGUCCUGGCCUCCAGGUGUGGUGCAGGGACUGUGCGCUCGGGGAGGUUCCAGUUAGGCGAUGGGAUCCUGCAGUGGUCUGGUCAGAACAGAGGAGCUCUGUUCUGCUGCCUGUGGAGGGCUCCAGAUAGCUCAGAAAUGACCAGCCACUGGCCUUUUGUUUGGGGGCCUGAGGUCAAGAGCUGAGAGUAUUCACUCGACAGCCCAUUCAGGAAGAUCAGGGCAGGGGCGUGUGGGAGGUCCCUCACUCCACAGGACAGAGGCCCCUGGACAGCAGAGGAAACCUAUAGCUCUGGGUGGGGGGACACUUGGCUUUGGUGUUUGCACUUUACAGAUCCUGCGGUCCACGAGGGGCCUCAGGAGAGGACGUGUCAGGAUGUGGCUUCCCAGCCUUCUGCCUUGGGCAGUGGGGGUGCUCCUGUCUGUCCUUUUCCCCCACACCCUGUACUGUGCUUGGCUGUUGGUGCACAUGGUUGGCACACACGGUGGUGGGCAGAGGGCAGAGAAUGCCACUGCUUGGAUAUUUGUCCCCUUUGACCAGGAAACCCAAGAGGAGACACCUCAGCAGAAAGGCCGCCCGGCUCACUGGCUCAUUCCAGGAGUGGGAGAGACGGCAGGGUCUCCUCUUUGCCCUCCGCCAUCAGGAAGGGGAUGGAGUCCUCUCCCCACCGUGGUGGCUUUAGGCAAGGUUCUUAAUGUCUGCUCUGCCUCGGUUUCCCCAUCUGGAAAAUGGGGGCAGGGGUACUGACCUACCUCAGGUGGAACGGUGAGCAGGGAACAUGUCGGAGUCCUUUAGAGGGUGUGAUGUGAGGUUGGAUCAACAGUGUGGGUUCCUGCCCUGCUUCCCCUUCGUCUUUGGGGCUGAGGAGGGGGUUAAAGGCCAAAUGCUGUUUCCCAGCACCCCAAAGUCUGCACACGUCUCAUGAAUGCAUCACAUUUCUGUCAUAUGGAUAUUAGCUAUUCUGAAAUCUGUGUAAUCAACUUCACAUUAUUCAAGUUACAAAUCACUGUGUCCAUAGAAAAACUGUGCUGGUAUUUACUAGACAAAGGGUUGGACCCCUUUUAUUUUUACCUGCCACCCAGCAUCUCCCCCACCUGCCCCUUCUGGGUGACACAGUCUGUAAACAGAAUCACGUAUGGGUCUUUCUGUGGGUCCGUAGCACAGCAGGAAGAGCCCGGUGCCGCCAGUACCUCGUGGAAGACCACACGUGGGUGGUCCCACAGCAUGGGACCAAGGUGGCCUGAGGGAUGCCCAGUGGUAACAAUGCUGCUGUCACUGUCUCAUUAAAUGUAUGUCCUUUA